AUGGAUAGUACAGAUUUUUCAUCAUCAGAGACAAAUACAUCAUCAUCAUCAUCAUCAUUAAGUAAAAUAAAAUCACAUAAACCAAACAAGCAUUAUUGUUUGGUGCGAAAUAUUGAAAACAAUAAAGUGACUGUAUUGGUUAUUACGAGCUUCAAUGGAAAAGAUCCUACAAACAUUACAAAUGAUGUUGUUGUUCCUAUGUUAUCAAGAAAUUUUUUAUUAAACAGACUUAUAGCAAUUAAUAAAACAAAACCCAUUCGAGGAAAAAAAUGCAUAAGAUCAAAACCAACUUCAAAUGCUUCUGUUAUGCUUUAUGGUUAUUUAAUAUUAAUAGAAACAUUUGCUGCAAAUGAUACAGUAUGGCCGGUAGAGCCCGUCGGGUAGGACCCGGACCCGUACCCGACCCGGACCCGCUCGGGUCCGGGUCCGGGUUCGGGUCUAAAAAUUUCGUUUUGGUCGGGUCCGGGUCGGGUUCCGGGUCUGAAAUUUUUUUGUGACCGGGUCCGGGCCGGGUCCAGAUCUAAAGAAAACUUUGAUGCAUACAAUGUAUUGGGAAUUUUUUCAAAGUUUUGUUCGUUUCAUGAAGAAAAAAAUUGAAUGUAUUUAGAAAAUAUACAAAAAAGCAACAAAAGACUUUUUGAAUAUAUUAUCGAAACUGAUUUAUCAUCGUGGUUGGAUCCAAAAAAUUUAAGCGGCCGGGUCCGGGUCGAAUCCGGAUCCAACAUUUUUUAAACAAGCGGGUCCGGGUCGGGUCCGGGUCCAACCUUUUUUAAACAAGCGGGUCCGGGUCCGGGUACAAGUGUAGCAAAUUGUAAACGGGUCCGGGUUCGGGUCCAAAAAUUUUGGACCCGACGGGGUCUAAUGGCCGGAGCCAAUUUCGGAAGUUUUCUGUUCUUCUGAUAUGCAUUAUAUAGAUUUUCGCCUUCGAAAGCUUGCUAAUGAAGAGAAAUUAACAAGCAGCUGCAAUAAUGAUAUUAAUGCAAGUACCAAAUCAUCCGAGUCUAUACCAAUUGGUCGAACAUUUAUGAAUGAAGAAUAUGAUCUAAGGAAAUUGUAUACGGAAGAAUGGUUAAAACAAAGUAAAAUAAAAUGAUACUAAACGAAUAACAAAUACAUUUUUUUGUAGAUAGGUUCAGUUA